AUGUUUCAGUAUAUUAAGACAUGCUAUUGGUCUCCACCUGAACAAGACUUUGUGAUGUUCUGUUGUGAUGGAUCAUCAUUUGGUAAUCCUGGCUCUGCUGGAUUUGGUUUUGUUGUAAGGGAUUCAAAUUGUCAGGUGUUGGGUGCCAUGUCUGGAGGUAUUGGAGUUGCUACUAAUUAUCUGGCAGAAUAUUAUGGAAUCAUGUGUGCAGUGGAACUGGAUGUGCAAUGGGGUAUGCUGAAGAUAAUUAUAGUUUCAUAUUUCAAAUUUGUUCUUACUGAAUUUGCUAAGGGGAGAGUUCCAUGGUUUAUGAAAGGGGGAUGUAAGAAUGCUACAAGGAAGCUAAAUCAAAUAAAAUAUCAACAUGGUUACAGAGAAACCAAUUUUACUGCUGAUUGUAUGACAAAGAAAGUAGCAGCAUUAGCAGCUAGUGUUAGGCAAAUUUAUAUAGGGAGACCUCGGUGCUUACCAAGAGUAUAA